AUGACUGUUAUAAACCCAGAAGAGCCCAAAAAUGUGUUUCGAAGAAAAGCUAAGAAAUGGGUUCGAAAGACUUGCAGCGUAGAAGUGGUGAAGAAGAGACUGCCAAUCAUUUCAUGGCUCCCGAAAUACAAAUCUGAAUACUUCAUCCAGGAUGUCAUAGCUGGUAUUACUGUUGGAUUGACUGCUAUACCUCAAGGAAUUGCUUACGCAGUCAUAGCUGGAUUGUCACCUGAAUAUGGACUUUAUGCAUCUUUGACAUCUGGAGUGAUUUAUGUGAUCUUUGGCAGUUGCUACAAUGUCACCGUGGGCCCUACUGCUAUACUCGCUGCCAUGACAGCGAAAUAUGUAGUGGAUUACUCAGCAGACUUUGCCAUUCUCACUGCUUUCUUGUCGGGAGUUUUCAUGUUCAUCAUGGGUAUCCUCAACCUCGGUUUCCUCGUCGAGUUCAUUUCAAUGCCAGUGAUCAGUGGAUUCACAACUGCAGCAGCUCUACAAAUAGCUGCUGCUCAGUUAAAAUCUUUCUUCGGUUUGAAUGGGUCAUCAGGAAAUUAUUUUGCAGAAUCAGUCAUUAAUUUUGUCACUAAUAUUGGAACAGUCCAACUAUGGGAAACAGUCCUCAGUUCUGCGACUAUAGUGAUGUUGAUAUUAUUGAAGAAAAUGGGACAAGGAUGUAAAAGAACUGAUGGAUUUUUUAAACAGAUGAGAUGGUUCAUAUCUCUGUCAAGGAACGCUGUGGUCGUGGUUAUAGGCAUGAUUAUUGCAUACUACAUUCACGUGACGCUUGAAAGAGACGCUCUCGCAAUAAUUGGUGAUAUUGGAAGCGGACUACCAAAGUUCGGUUUACCUCCAUUCAGUACUGUGGUUGGUGAGCAAAGUUACAAUUUCAUAGAAAUGGUUAAAGUUUUAGGAGUACAAUCUAUUGUGAUACCAUUUGUAGCAAUUUUAGAAACAAUUGCCAUUGCCAAGGCUUUUGCAGAAGGUGGUAGAAUUGAUGCCACACAAGAAAUGAUUGCCGUUGGACUUUGCAAUAUUAUUGGAUCAUUUGGGCAGAGUAUGCCCAUUACUGGUUCAUUCACAAGGACGGCCCUUAAUCAUGUAUCUGGUGUCAAAACUCCUGCUGGUGGAGUCACUAAAGUUCUGCUUCUUUUUGUAGCUUUAACAUUCCUGACUUCAACAUUUUAUUAUAUACCCAAAGCUUCACUAGCAGGUCUCAUCAUAACAGCCAUGUUUUCAAUGAUUGACUACCAAAUGUUUGGAAACUUAUGGAGAAAUAGUAUCAAAGAGUUCAUGCUGAUGUUAAAGACUAUGAGCAUUUGUCUGUUUUAUGGCUUGGAAUAUGGAAUAAUAGCUGGAAUAUUAAUUGAAGCUUGUUUGUUAUUGUAUAACGUCGCAAGGCCUACGGUAGAAGUAAAUGUACAGAAAAGUGAAAAAGGAGACCUUAUGGUUGUGACCCUGAGUGAAAAUGUAAGUUACUGUGCUGCUGAACAUUUACGUCAAAGGAUAAUGAAAGGAACUUCCCAUGAUAAUUCUCAUGUACCAAUUAUAGUAGAUGGUGGUAAUCUAAAGAAGCUUGACUACACGGCUGCAUACAACCUAAUGGCUAUCAUCAAAGAUUUGGACAAAACUCAUCAAAUUCUGCUACUGAAUUUCAAUCCAGAAUUAAAGAAAUUAUGUUUGUCCAUGGAAACUAGAUUUGAAUCGAAGUUCUUGUACGCAGCAGGUCCUCAAGAACUAACUGACAUAUUCCCGAAAGAUGUUUGA